AUGAGGUCUGAAACUCUUCUUGACUAUGCCGUGUUGCAAUUGUCUCCGAAGCGUUCGAGAUGUGAGUUGCUUGUUUCGAGUGAUGGAAUCACCGAAAAACUAGCAUCAGGUUUAGUAAAGCCAUACUUGAACCAUUUAAAGGUUGCAGAAGAGCAGGCAGCACUUUCUGUGCAGUCAAUCAGACUAGAUAUUGAUAGACAGAGAAGUUCCGAGACGUGGUUUACGAAAGGAACGUUUGAGAGGUUUGUGCGGUAUGUUGGCAUGCCAGAAGUUUUGGAAAUGGUGAACACCUUUGAUGCAGAGAUGUCCCAGUUGGAAGCAGCACGGAAAAUAUAUUCUCAGGGGACAGGAGAUCAGCGUAUGGAUUCACAAGGCGGUGAAGGAACAAGAGUCAUCGCAGCGACAGAUGCAACAACGAAGGAACUUCUAAGAGCUAUUGAUGUGAGACUGAGUGCAGUUAGGCAGGACUUAACCACAGCAUACGCCACUGCAUCAGCAUCUGGCUUUAAUCCUCACACCGUCUCUCAACUCAAACUUUUUGCACUUCAUUUUCGUUCUCUUCGCUUGAAUGAAGCAUGUACGAAAUAUAUGUCUGUGUAUGAAAGAAGACCGGACCUCAUUAACCAACACGAACUGCCACGUGGCGAUGACAGGGAGCUUCGUUCAUCGGUUAACUCUGACAUGUCUAUCGACAACGACGACGAUCAGGCCCCAGAACAAAACAAGACUUCCACGUGGCAACUUCCCAAAGCCUUUACAACUUCCACAUCACUACGACACAGCAACGCAAACCUGAAAAACGAAGCCAAAGACAACAACAACGACAGCAACAAUAAAGAAGAAACCGAGUCGUCAUCGCCGGCUCAGUUACCGUCGUCUCCAACACCGGCUCCAUCGGGCCGGCGGCUCAGUGUUCAAGACCGAAUCAACCUAUUCGAGAAGAAACAGAAAGAGAAUACCACCGGAAAACCGGUGGAGCUUCGGAGAAUGUCUUCCGACAUUUUGCGACGGUGGAGUGGGGGCAGUGACAUGAGCAUUGACGUCAGCAUCGAGAAAAAACUUUCCUCUUCAACGGAAAAAACCUCCAUAGAUAACAAUAAUAAUCAUAAUGAUAAUAAUAAUAUGAAUUCGGACAAGGUUGUGAAAACUGAUGAAGGGUUUUCUCAGGAGAGUUGUAAAGAUUCGGUUUUUGAUCAAGAGAGGAGUGGAGGAGGAGUAGGGUUCAAGGAACAAGGUUCAUCUGAUAGGUACGAGGUUACUGUUGAUGAUAAUAAAGAUGUUGAUGAUGAUGUUAAGUUUCAGGGUGGUGUGAAAAGUAAUGUGGUUCCCACGUCACUAAGUAGGGUCCAACGUAGUCAUUCUAGGUCUCUUUCAGCCCAGUUUGAAGGUGGAGGUGGUGGUGGUGGAAUCAAAUCAAGGGAACCUUCUACUUCUUCUCAUUCUUCUGUUGUUUUAAAUGGUGUUGCUCAAUCUACAACUCAGCCUCAGUUGAGAUCUUUUCCAGUAGAAACUGAGGAUUUAAAGAAUCAGGUUAAGGAAGAGGAUUCUCAAGUCAUGAAAACUAAAUAUCAGAAGCCUCUACCUUCUAGUUCAGAGCAAAUCGGGAUGUCACGGAGUAAAAGGGAUGAAAUACGGCGUGCUAAUGAUAAUGAAAGUGCCAAGUUGAACCAUCCUGGUAAAAAGAAUGUUUUGGAGAGUCAGGAUAAUGCCCGUGUAACCGCCGUGUCUUUGGAGCAGAGUCAGAGAGUAAGGCAGUCUAAAGGUAAUCAGGAGAUGCAUGAUGAGCUGAAACUGAAGGCAGAUGAGCUUGAAAAGCUUUUUGCUGAGCAUAAACUUAGGGUUCCUGGAGACCAAUCUGGUACUGCACGGAGAAUCGAGCCUGCUGAUUCACGUGUUGAACAGGCUGUUAACUCGCAGUCCAGAAGACCUGCAGCGGGGGAUUCAACUCCUCAGCCGGUUUCUAAAAGCAGUGUGCCUGAACCAGCUACGAGCUCUGGUGUUAAGUCCCUUACAAAGACGGGGGAUAGUCAGAAUUAUGGUGAUGAGUCUAGAGGAAAGUUUUAUGAAAAGUACAUGAAGAAGAGGAAUGCUAAACUAAAGGAAGAAUGGAGUGUGAACAGAUCAGAGAAGGAAGCUCGGAUGAAGGCCAUGCAGGAUAGUCUUGACCGGAGUAAGGCUGAGAUGAUAGCCAAGUUUUCAGGGUCUAUAAGCAGACAAAAUUCAGCAGGAGGUUCUCAACGCGCCGAGAGAUUUGGAUACAACAAAACAAGUGUUAAGAGAGAGCAGCAUCCUAUAGAUUCCUUUCAGAAUGAAGAGGAUGAAGAUCUUUCUGAAUUUUCGGAAGAAAAGAUAUAUGGUUCUUCAAAGCAAAAUAGGAAAAAUUUUCCUAACAGGAAUGUGUCUUCAGGCACACCUCGCACCACAGCAGUUUCAGUGCCGCGCUCAUCUGGAAGACGGAAAGACAAUCCUCUUGCUCAAUCUGUUCCAAACUUCUCUGAUUUAAGAAAAGAAAAUACAAAGCCUUCUUCUGGAGUCAGUAAACCAACCCGUUCUCAGUUGAGAAACUUCCCGCGUAGCAAAAGUACUAAUGAAGAUGAGCAAGGUAUCAAGGAAGAGAAGCUAAGACAAAGUGUGUCUUUACGGAAGAGCUCGGCCAACCCCGCAGAGUUUAAGGAUUUAUCCUCUUUGAACUCAGAUGGGAUUGUUUUGACUCCCUUGAAAUUUGAUUUGGAUGAGUCUGAUCUGGGCCCUUAUGAUCAAUCAUCCAGGUCUUUCCUUAAAAAGGGUAGUACCGCAGGCCCUGGUUUUGUAGGCAGUGCUAUGAGGAUGAAAGCUUCAAUGACAUCUGAUACUGAGAAAAAUAAAGAACUUAGUGACCUAGAAUUUGAUAUGGAAGAUUCAUUCCAUUCGGCCAUAGAAGAAAAUGAUGAAAUUGGAGGUGUGGCUAUUGAAGAUAGUGCUUAUAAUAAUAAUGGGAAGAUUAGUCCGAGCCAGGAAUCUGGAAAUUCUGAGUCUGAAAUUGGUGACUCUACAAGGUCUCUUGCUCAAGUCGACUCUAUUUUAGGGGGUGAAAUGCCUAAUGCAUAUCAAUCAACUUUCAACGGAGUAGGAUCACUGCAGGACUCUCCAGUUGAAAGUCCCGUGUCCUGGAACUCACGAGUGCCUCAUCCUUUUUCUUACACGCACGAGUCUUCUGACAUUGAUGCUUCUAUUGAUUCUCCAAUUGGAAGCCCUGCUUGGAAUUCUCGUUCCCUCAUCCAGGGUGAAAAUGACGCUGCUCGAAUGAGGAAAAAGUGGGGUAGUGCUCAAAAACCUUAUCUUGCUAAUUCAUCUCAAAAUCAACCUCGCAAAGAUGUCACAAAAGGCUUUAAGCGAUUACUAAAGUUUGGGAGAAAAACUCGCGGGUCAGAGACUUUGGCUGAUUGGAUCUCUGCUACAACUUCUGAAGGAGAUGAUGAUAUGGAAGAUGGCCGAGAUCUAGCCAAUCGGUCAUCAGAAGACUUGAGGAAAUCGAGAAUGGGAUUCUCUCACGGUCAUCCUUCUGAUGACAGCUUCAAUGAAAGUGAGCUGUUCAGCGAACAGGUUCAAUCCUUACAAAGCUCUAUUCCCGCACCUCCUGCCCAUUUUAAACUGAGGGAUGAUCAUAUAUCAGGAAGUUCAUUAAAAGCUCCGAAAUCAUUCUUUUCGCUCUCGACUUUCCGAAGCAAGGGAAGUGACUCGAAACCUAGAUGA